GAGCAUUGCACUUGCACAUCAGUCAGUGAUUGUCACCACAAGGCUGCCGUACUAAAAGUUAUAUAAGUUACUUCGGGACAUUCAUGCUAGGUCGUCUUAAUCAGCUUCGUCUUUCUUUCUUUUCCGCUGCAUCUUCAGGUCUUUCUCGUCGAGGCGUUGACCCCUCUCAAUAUCGGACGGCUAUGACUUCAGCAUCUAACGAGCCUGAGAUUGCAACAUUCGCCGCAGGGUGUUUCUGGGGCGUUGAACAUAUUUUCCUCAAACACUACCCGCCUGCUCAGAAGAAGGGCAUUCUCAAGACCGCUGUGGGAUAUACCGGUGGAAAGGACACUUCGACGAACCCGUCCUACCGUGAAGUGUGUACAGGCAGCACUAACCAUGCCGAGUCCCUGAGAAUCGAGUUCGACCCCAGUAUUGUUUCGUACGAUGAACUAGUAGAGUUCUUUUACCGUACCCAUGAUCCAACGACCGCGAACAGCCAGGGAGCGGAUACUGGUACUCAGUACCGGUCAGCGAUAUUCUUCCACUCUCAGGAGCAACUCGAGAUCGCAAAGCGUGUUACUGAGGAAGUUCAGGCCAAGCACUUCACGCCCAAAGGAACGAAGAUCGUGACAGAAAUCAAGGAGGCUGGUCCGUGGUACGACGCUGAAGACUACCACCAGCUUUAUUUAUUCAACAAUCCAUUUGGGUAUCAAUGCCCGACACACAGACUAAACUGGUGAAAUGCCGAGUCGAUGACGUUGAAGUAUGUUUAUGAAAGAGAUGAUCUUUAUCAUGGACAUAUUUUUUUUACGACAGAUAUCACGACGACUUGAACUUCAUUCAUGUUUUAACAGAGUAUAACUUGUUUUUUUUGGUAGAAAAAAAAAUAGAAAAGCAAGACCAUAAAUGGGCGCCAUCAGAGUGUACAACAGCCC